GAAUGUAAUUAAGAGAUGAUCAAAACACUAAUUGUUUCACAUUUUUCAGCUGUCAAGCCUCAGUCGACUAAAAAAAAACAAGGCGAGAUAGUGGAAAAUUCGAACAGCAAAUCGACUAUCCCUGAACACGAGGCUCUGUUGCCAGAAUCGGGGAGCUUGCCAACUGCGAGUGGCAGUGUGAGCCAACAACCGCUGGGUGCUCCUAUGGACCUUGGAGAUAUGGAGAAGAAAGUCUCCUUUGCCCCUGACAACUACGUCUUUGCCCCUAUGGAGGGGCUUGACCAAUUCAAAUUUACUGCCCUCAGCCCACGAAGUGUGUCGAGCUUCUUUACCUCUCAUACCUGGAGUCCUGCCAAACCCCAGUUGCGAAGCAACGCUGAAUCUCCCGCAACAGUGCGUUAUGUAACAAGAUCGCAAAAGAAUAUUUUGAAACCAGAGGUUGAGUCGAAUCUGCCUGAGGCACAAACUGAAGAUCCUGCUAGGCUUGCUUUUGAAGUGCCUGUCGAAAACACACCACAAGAAUCUUUUGGGUGUUCUCAACCUGACGGCAGUGGACCCGUACAUGAUGUGGCUUAUUUCAGAGGAGUCAUCACAUUGGAGACUGAGAAAUUGACUCUGCUUUGUCAGCAGUGGGAUGGAUGGGAAAACUCUGACGUGGUUCCAGAUAGUGUUAAGGACCUGCUUCGUACAACUGUGGGACAGGCACGUCUCCUUAUGGCUGAACGAUUCAAACAAUUCAGAGGUCUUGUCGACAACUGCGAGUUCAAGACUAGUGAAAAGGAAGUCACCUCUGCAGAUCUGGAAGGGUUUUGGGACAUGGUCUACUUCCAGGUUGAAAGUGUCAACAAUAAGUUUCAGAGAUUGAAAAAGAUUCAAGAAAAUAACUGGGAGGAGCCCUCAUUGCCCAAAAGAGUGGUCAAGAAAAAGGCUGUCAGGUCAAAACCAGAGGAAGUAAUGAAACCAAGUGCAGCAGCAACGAGCCGCUUUGCAGCUAUGAAGGCAGCUCUGAAGGCCAAAAUGAAGCAGGAAAUUGCUGACUCCAGCAACAAAGAAGCUCAAAGUGAUGCCAUUGUGUUUGACGCAGGUUUCUUCAGAGUGGAGAGUCCUGCAAAAUACUUCACCGUGACUCCUAAAGCAUGUCCACCAAGGCAAAGAUCCAAAGGCCAAUGCAGUGCCACCAGGUUGAGUGUCCGUUCAGCUAUUCCUGCAUCUCCUGUGCCGUUUGUCACAAAGAGUUCAAGCCCGCAGACUUGUGCAAGCUUUAAUAACGUGACAAAGACAGAAUCGCGUGUCAUGACAAACCUCAUUAGUUCCAUGGAUGGAGAGGGCACUGCACAGCAAAGUACUUGUUCUGGAAAGAGCACAAAACGGGUAGAUUUUGAGCAGUAUCUCCAGCCCAGUUUGAGUGCUCUCGACCAGCCAGAAGCAAUGCAGUCUUCAUUCCAUAAUGGUGUCAAGUCUAGUUGCCCCCAAGAAAGCUCGACAGGUGACAUUGAGCUACCAGAGGAAGAAACGCAAUCUUCAGUGCAAGAUGUGGAAAUGACGAGUCCUGUGUGUGAGCAACCUUCGACUAGCGCCCACACGACUUUGCUGGGGGAGUUGCAAUUGACCCGUCAUUCAGGUCUGCUGACUCUCAAUUCCCCUCCCACCACACUUGUUCAAACUACUCCUUGUUCAAAUUCUAUGGGCGAUGUGUUGGCUAAAGCAACUGCUGUCCAUAAAAUGCAGAAGGACGACAAUUACAUGAGCCCAUUUGGAGCAAGUGCAGAGGACCAGCUCGUUCACCCAUUUGGAGCCGCCCUCCAGGAUUUGAUAUCAUUCAGCCCCAGCGGAAUCCCUCAAUGAAGUCGAGAGGGUCAGAGAUGUUGCCAUUCACUACUGGCCGUCAGGAGACCAGAAACAUGUGUGGUGGACUUGAAGGUUAUCUUUUAAAACAUUAUGGACUUGUUGUAAACAGACUGGUGUUGCACUCGUGUUUAGUGGAGGAGAGUACACUGAAGACCAAAGCCAAAUUUAGUAUCGAAUGAAUCAUGCAAGUCUUGUUACUCUUGAGGUCUCAAUCAACCACUGGUCUCAACCUAGUCGGUCAGUGGGGUUUAACUUGCAGGCGUGCGUUCUGCCAUUUGAUAAUAAGAUGCCACUAUCCUGCAGCCAUUCAUUCAUCAUAGUCGUUGUUUUGCCGUUCAUUAUUUUAUGUUCUGUGGAUUGUAAAAAGGAACUGAUGUGCUUAAGAAAAAGAAUAUUGAUUUUAUUAUCUCCUCACCAUCCUGAUCUGACCUGUCUAUUUCCAGCUCUAAAGACUGCUGCUGCACAAAAGGCCUAUGACUGCAGGAUAGGGUGGAUCGCAGUACUGAAGAGAGACACAAAAUGCUGGAGUAACUCAGCGGGACAGGCCGCAUCUCUGGUUAGAAGGAUCUAGAGGUUCUAUCCAGAGAUGCUGCCUGUCCCGCUGAGGUACUCCAGCAUUUUGUGUCUUAUCUUCGGUGUAAACCAGCAUCUGCAGUUCCUUCCCACACAUUGGGUCUCUGUAUUGCUCUUGUGUACGAUAUUGUCAGGGAUGGACAUACAAAAGCAUUGGCUCCAUCAACAAGUGGUCUUUCCAUGUUGUCAAGGUUUUCAAUGUGAACUGUUGGAUUAAUAAUACCUAAAUCAUAAAUGACUACCUCACUAACAUGAAUCUCCACUCACUAA